AUGGCGCGUGCGGGCGUGUCUCCCGGCCUCUAGAGCCUCGGAUCCCGGGGCAGCUCCGGUAGGUUUCGCGUGCGCGGGUUUCUGCAGGUCUGGGGCGAGCUUGCACGUUGCAUCACCGGUGCAUCGCUUCUUGCUUGCUUAAAUUAACACCACAUAGACUUUUAUUGCGGAAAUCGCCAUAGACUCUUAAGGGCCGCGGAACGGGACGGCCUCAGUAACUGGUUUUCACACCCCCAGCAGAUCUCCGUGACGCGGAGUUGGACGCAGACGUGGGUUCUAGGAGCUUUCAUUUUCCCCAGCUUUGCAGCUACUCUUUGGCCCCGUUAGCUUCUAGAUUGGAAGCCGAGGGUCUGAAACUCAGAAAAGCAAUUACUCUUCCCUGAUGAGUCUUCAGAGGAGCAAGAAUAGCGACAUGAUUCCACCUGCAGCCCUAUAGAGAUUGGUCCCUCUGUCUUCCCCUCACACUCGUGGCAUUUUAACGUUCCUGUGUUAUUUGAGUGCCAAAAUGAGUGACCGAUAUCUAGAACAAAGGAUUAGUAUCAAAUUCUGCGUGAAAUUGAACAAGUCUGCAAGUGAAACUCACCAUCUUUUAAAAGAAGCUUAUGGGGAUGAAGUCAUGUCAAGGGCCAGAGUUUUCGACUGGCAUAAAAGGUUUAAAGAAGGGCGGGAAGACAUUCGAGAUGAUGCCCGAAGUGGUCGUCCAGUCACCCACCGGACAGAUGAAAAUAUCCAGAAGGUCAAGGACUUGGUUUGUUCGAAUAGGCAGUUAACUGUGAGGAUGAUGGCUGAAGAGUUAAAUUUAGAUAAAGAAACCGUUAGGCUCAUUCUGAAAGAAAACUUGAAUAUGAGGAAGGUAUCUGCAAAAGUUAUAUCGGGUAUUUUGAAGAAUGAGCCUAAACCUCGAAAACUUGACUUUCGGUCUGAUCAUUCAAAGGAAACUAGGAAAAAUAGCUCAUGUGUGAGGGAAAAAGUAACAAAUUCUGAACCAUGGAGUCAUCUCCAGUGCGAAGCCGGUGGGGAAAUGCCUCUGCCUGUAUCCCAUCCCAAAAUCCCUCCUGCCAGCCAGCUGCUGCAGACUUCAUCUUCAACAAGCCUUCCCAGCAGGGCGGCUCAGGAUUGGUUCACACCGUGGUGAAAGGAAUCUGGGGUAGCUGAACCCAAACUAGAAAGCUGCCUCAAGGUUAGGCACCUUCAUUUGCCGCUCAUCUAUUUUCAGCUUCUUUACGACUCCUCUCUACAUGUCAUGGCCCUGCAACUUACUCUUUGCUGGACUCUUGGGCCAUCUUCCUUGCUGUUCUCCACAACUUUGAAGAACUUCUGGCUGUUGGCUUCUGGUACUUGCUUGUGCUUGAUUUUUCUUUUUUCUUUCCUUACCAAGUUUUUUCUUCACUGUCCAGACCUUAGCUUGUUGUGACUGUCCUCUUCCUUUGUUCUCAGUAUUCUGCCUCAGGGGAUCAUACGAAUGAAAAGUGGGAGCAGGACCUCUUGGAGUCUCUCUCUCUGUGCCCAGGGAGGCAUACUCUGCUGGGAGGACCCCAAAAGAAGGCCUACAGUUCCAGCCUGCUUCACAGUCAGGGCCUGAGGGCUGGAGUGACCCUGCCAAAGGUGCUGGACCAAGACCAUGUUGGAGAGUAGAAUACUGGAAGCCAUGUUGUCCCAGACAGGGUUUGGACGCAAAGCAACCAGAAGCAGGUAAUCAGGAGGGUGAAUUCAAAUUGUUACAAGUAGCUGUAAUGAAAAGGACUUACCUUAUUACCUUAGAUCAUGUCCUGGGCGGUAGUCAGGUUGAACUGCACUACCUGAACCCAUUGCCCAUUUGCACGGCUUCUCAGAAAAUAUUCAGUAAGAUGAUAAUAAACCCUAGGAAGCCUCAAGUUUGGAGGGAAGUAAAAAUAUUCACGCAGAGCAAACCUUUCACACAUGGCUGCUCAGUAUCUCUACACACCAGUUUAGAGCAUAAUCUCAAAAGACUGUCCUCAGACAAGAGAGUUCUCAUGUAACAGUACCCCUUAUCUGUCCACCUGCCGAAUCUGUUUUAUUUCUGACAUGAAUUUUGCCCGGCCUGCACCUUGCUGCCUAGGCCUCUUGAGCUUUUUGAUCCUAUAAUCUCAGGGUUCCACCCAUCAUGCCCUAGGCCCUUGUCCUUGACUUUUCUCAGAUAUCACUCAGUUUAUUCUCCAGUUUGCUCUUGCUCUUCUGUUUCCCUGGGCUUUGUUUUCUGGUUCUGGACCGCACCCUCCAAUAGCUGCUUUUGGCCACUUUGGUAUGCUUGCCUUGAAUUCCCCUUUUGGUCAUGGUUUUCCACUCAACUGCAACUUUUCUCUCUUCUGAUUUUUAGAUCCCUCUUCCAGCUCCCCACUUCAGCCCUAUAGUCUUUUGUUUUGUUUGUUUUGUGGGGGGGGGGUUUUGGCAGUGCCGCACAGCUUGUGGGAUCUUAGUUCCCCAACUAGGGACUGAACCCAGGCCUUCAGCAGUGAGAGCACAGAGCCCUAACCACUGGACCGCCAGGGAAUUCCCAGCCCUAUAGUCUUGAGUAAAGAAAUUGCUCCAUCCCUGGCCCCAGAUUGCCUUCAUAUAUAAGGGGCACACUGGGAAGGAACAAAAAAGCUCCCUCUCACCCUUAGCCACCAGGGGUUCCACUCCCCAGAGGCAACCAGUAUUACCAGUUUCUUGAGGCAAUUUGGUUACCUCUAGUACUCAGGAGUUAUGAAAGUUUUUCAGAGAUAUAAUAUGCAAAUCGCACUCUCCCAGCAACUGUAUUUUCCCUGGCAGGAGAAGCUCCAUCUAACCAUAAGAGAUGAAGCCUGGCUCUCUGUAGGAUGUCAGGAAGAGAGCUGGCCAUCUGCAAACCUUGACCAUAAUUCUCAAGCUAAACACACAGUCAAGGAAUCUCUCUGGGUUUCAGGCUGACCUUCCCCUUCCCCAUUCUGGUUCAAAAUCCACAUGGAAUGUUAUACACUACAGCUGGAAGUCUGGGAGGAAUAAACACUUUCCAGGGCAGAUCAUUUCAUCAUUGAGUUUAUCCAGUCCGUUCUCCACCCAUCAUCCCACCUUCCACCUGUCCCACUGGUAAUGAUCAAAAACAGAAAGAAUAAAGUAUUCACCAAUCUUUGAUUUCGAAAAACGUGGGUAGUUCUGCAGUCUUCUGAAUUCUGCCCCUGGCUCUGAGUUCUCACUGAAAUGUUAUUGUUUGGGAAGAAUGUGUACAUGGGGCCUGCUUUCCAGAGUCUUCCUUUCAGAUCCAUUUCUUAGAGUUCAGACUUUGGAGGUGCCCGGAUAAAUCUGGAUGCUAAAUGACUUGAGGAUAUCUAGUACAGGAGUGGGGUACUAUUGGGAACUGUCGCUGUAUCACAUCUGCUGAUCAGCCAGCCUGCCGUUUACAGACCUCAUUGCCAGCAAGUCUCACUAGGCUCCUUGGGAUUGGUCACCAGGGUCCUAUGUGGCUCAAUAAGAGUCUUCUUUGCUGCUGGGAUUGUAUAUGUAACCCUGUGUUCUCUAACUCCUUAGUUGGAUCAGACCCCUCAGAUUCUGCCAGGCUUUGACAUCCUAUUUGAGGCAAUACUCAUAUUUAUCUUCUCGAGUCUCUGUCUUAUCAGAUCCUUGCAAAUACUGUCCCAGUUGCAUCACCCUUCUCCCAGUAUUAAUAUCCAGAAACAAAAAAUCUGUAGUGGGAAACUUCAGUACUUCUUAGGUCCCACUUGCAUUUAGUGAAGAGGUCAGCAAACUUCUUCUGUAAAGGAAAUGUCUUAGGCUGUGUGGGCCAUACAGUGGCUAUUGUAAUUUCUCAACAUUUUAAUGCAAAACCAGACAUAGCUAAUAUGGAAACAGAUGAGCAUGGCUGUGUCCUAAUGAGACUUCAUUUAUGGAUACGGGGAUUUAAAUUUCAUAUAGUUUUCACAUGUCACAAAAUAUUUUUUUCAAACCACUGAGAAUAUUAAAAAAAUUCUUAGCUUGCGGUAAGUUCAUAGAAAACCAGAUGGUGGGCCAGAUUUGGUCCAUGGGCCAUAGUUUGCUGACCCCUGGUCUAAUGUAUAUAAAAUGUGUGUAUAAAAAUGACAGAUGAUUGAUCCAUCAGUAACAUUGUUAAUGCCAAACUGAUCUGGCAAUGUCUGACAAUUUACUACUAUAGAAAUUGUGGAAUAUUGAAGGUAGUCUUUAUGGUGCCAGGAGCGUGAACUAGAGCUGAAUGAUUGACUGUAUUACCUUGACCAUAUUCUGAUUCACAAAAUAAGUUUUGUGCUGUUCUCGGCUAAAAAUUAUAGUACACAAACUACCUAUAUUUUGCCCUUGUAAUAUUUCCAAAAAAAAUUGGCAAUACUGAAAAUGGUGCCAAGUUACAACCAGUGAUAACAGAAUGAACUGAAGGUAAUUCCAAAAUUGCCUUGACCAUGAGCAGCAUUUGAAUAAGUUUGUUAUCAUCUAUGAAAGGGACUACUAUGGAGGUGACAAAACUCAUUGAAUUAUAUUUUUUUGCAUGCUUGUAAAAAAAUUAUAUAUAUAUAUAUUGGCAACUGGUACCAAGCUAUGUUCUUUUAGAUAUGUUUACUUGUUUUUCUCCUAAAGAGUGCCAUAUUGUGUCACCUUCACUUAAACUGAUUUUCCAAAGUUGAAAUAGAAUCUCAGAAUUGAACAGACCUUUGCAAGGAUGUUUAAUCCAGCCAGUUAUGUUUCCUUUGAAUCCAGGAGUGGCUAAAUCCUACAGCUGCUGAAAAACUGCAUCUGAAAGGAGAUUCUGUGUUAAUUCAGCAAAUUUUUAUCGAGUGGCUCUGUGCCAGGCACUGUCCUAUGUGCUAGGGUACAGCAACAGACAAAGCAGACACAAGCCUUAGAUUUGAGUCUGAAAUAUAAUUAUAUUGCUGUUCACUCUUGCAAAACUUCUGUUCCAUGUGCUCACACUAACUCAUUGUUAAUUGCAUACCUGGAAAAAGGUAUGACGUUUGCCACAGGCCUCUCUGCUGUGGUCAUGAUGCCUCUCCAGCUGCAUUAAUAAUUUAAGGACUAUAUGUUCCACUUAAAUUUUAUUAUUCUUUAGACCAAUCUGUAUUGGUAGAAAAACACGCUGGCAAUGUUGGAAGUGUAAAUUGGCAACAGCUUUCUGAAAAGCAAUUUGGCAGUAUCUAUCAGGAGCUUUAAAAAUGUUUAUAACUUCUGAUCCUCUAAUUUUACUUCUGGGAAUCUGUCCUAAAGAAAUAGUCUGGGCCUUCCCUGGUGGCGCAGUGGUUGAGAGUCCGCCUGCCGAUGCAGGGGACACGGGUUUGUGCCCCGGUCCGGGAAGAUCCCACAUGCCGCGGAGCGGCUGGGCCCGUGAGCCAUGGCCGCUGAGCCUGCGCGUCCGGAGCCUGUGCUCCACAACGGGAGAGGCCACAACAGUGAGAGGCCCGCGUACCGCAAAAAAAAAAAAAGAAAAAGAAAUGGUCUGAAAUGUGGGCAGAGUUUAUGCUUUAACAAUCCAGAAGUCCAACAGUAGAAAAUUGGUUAAGUAAAUUACACUAUGAUGAUAUAGUAGACUAUUAUGCAGUCAUUAUAAUUAAUGUUUGUGAAGUGUUAAAACAGCAUGGCAAAAUACUUAUAAGUGAAAAGAGUGACAUACAAAAUUAUAUACAUAAAUCUAAAAAUAUUUUUCUAAAAUAUUAAUACUUUUAUUAUCAGAAUAAAACAAUAGCACCAAAAGUUGGCAAUGGAGAGAAUGGGGCCAAACCAUUAGUUUGGUCCAGGAACAAUUAACUGGCUGGGUCCACAUGGAGACUGUAUGAUACUAUUGUAUUGGUAGCAGGAGUGGGACAGAAGGGAAAGGGGCCUUCCCCGAAGGAGAAGGGGACCAGAAUCCCUACAAAAAUCCUGAGUGAUAUGAGAAGACACCACAAACGGCAUGUUCCUGUUAUGUGGUCCUAGGGAGGUAAAGGAGCACAUAUGGAUCAAAUAUAUUCUGACAAAUGGAAAGGAUUUGAAGUAUUCUCCUGGGUAAAAUUAACCUCAUUCUUCCAUUCUCUCAUACAAAAUGAAUAUUCUUGAGAUGGAUUUUAUUACAACUGAUUCUCUGAAGAAUCCUUGAGCUUCCCAUAUAAUUUCUUUAGGAUAGGAAUGGCUUUUGAUGUGCCGAGUCUACCUCUUCCCAUGCUGGGACACUCAACACGGAUGUACAUGGGAGUAUUUGAUAUUCCACACUGAGAAUACCACAUGAAUAUCAAUAGUCAUCUUAAUGAUGUAACUUAGGAAACUCGAAAGUUUGCAAAUGUUUUUGUUGGUGUCCAGAAUUACUGUGCUUUUAUUUAUAUCUGAAGAGUAAUUAUUCACAGGAUUUUCAGGUAUGAAAUGAUGUAGAUAAUUCCUGUCUAUCCAUAGAUGAAAUUGUUCUGUUGGGAAAAUAUGUCUUUCAUUGUUAUUUUAGCAAAAUGUUUACCAUUAAAAUGCCAAAUAUA